UAUAAACGCAAGGCAAGGGCAUAGGGAGGGCAAAGCUUCCAACUUUGGAAAAGCCUAAAAUUCUAACCAAAGGAGCUUCAAUUUCCUCAUCUUUGCCUCAAUCUUCUCUUCUCUUCGUUUUCUCUUUCCCUCUAGGGUUUUCUUCACUCUUCUCUACAAUUUGUACGGUGCCUUUUUAUCUUCUCUCUCUUGCUCAAAUCGAACUGUCCAGAAAUCCAACCGCUUCAGUUUCUUGAGUGCGUUUUAAAGAAGGGCUGUAUUUAUUGCGUAUGACAAUGGAAACUGCAAGGUGUUGGUUCAACAAGUUGAAAUCAAAAGAUAAGUUAAGACCUUCAAAGAAGAAAGAAGCUGCAGGCAAUGCCAAGGAGGGGUCUAAACCUCCAACAAGUGAAGAGGCACUUUCAAAUGUCACCAAACAACGGGUAGCUGCUGCAAAGCAGUAUAUUGAAAACCAUUACAAGAAGCAGAUGAAAAGUCUGCAGGAAAGAAAGGAGCGACGUGAUAUUCUAGAAAAGAAGUUGGCUGAUGCUGAAGUCUCUGAAGAAGAACAAAACAACUUACUAAAGUUUUUUGAGAAGAAGGAAACUGAAUACAUGCGUCUUCAGAGGCAUAAAAUGGGUGCUGAUGAUUUUGAGCCAUUGACCAUGAUAGGCAAGGGUGCAUUUGGGGAGGUUAGAGUCUGCAGGGAGAAGGCAACUGGUCAUGUUUAUGCUAUGAAGAAGCUUAAGAAAUCAGAGAUGCUUCGUAGAGGCCAGGUUGAACAUGUGAAAGCUGAGAGAAAUCUACUUGCAGAGGUUGACAGUAAUUGCAUUGUCAAACUAUAUUGCUCCUUCCAAGAUGAAGAGUAUCUAUAUCUUAUUAUGGAAUAUUUACCUGGGGGAGAUAUGAUGACAUUACUGAUGCGGAAGGAUGUACUAACUGAAGAUGAGGCCAGAUUUUAUGUUGGAGAAACUGUCCUGGCGAUUGAAUCUAUCCACAAACAUAAUUAUAUUCAUAGAGACAUCAAGCCUGACAACCUGCUACUCGAUAGAUAUGGUCAUAUGAAAUUAUCAGAUUUUGGAUUAUGUAAACCGUUAGAUUGCAGUAAUCUCCAGGAAAAGGAUUUUUCCAUGAAAAACAAUCUCAGUGGGGCUCUUCAAAGUAAUGGACGACCUGCAGCACCAAAACGCACGCAACAAGAGCAAUUGCAGCACUGGCAGAGGAACAGAAGGAUGCUUGCUUAUUCUACGGUUGGUACCCCUGACUAUAUUGCUCCAGAGGUUUUGCUGAAGAAAGGAUACGGAAUGGAGUGUGAUUGGUGGUCUCUUGGUGCUAUCAUGUAUGAAAUGCUUGUUGGAUAUCCACCCUUUUAUUCAGAUGAGCCAAUGGCAACCUGUCGGAAGAUAGUAAAUUGGAGAACAAACUUAAAAUUUCCAGAAGAAGCAAAAUUAUCCCCUGAAGCAAAAGAUCUUAUCAGUAAACUUUUAUGUAAUGUUGAGCAGAGGCUUGGCACAAAAGGUGCCGAUGAAAUUAAGGCUCACCCAUGGUUUAAAGGUAUUGAAUGGGACAAGUUAUAUCAAAUGAAAGCCGCCUUUAUUCCUGAAGUCAAUGAUGAAUUGGAUACGCAAAAUUUUGAGAAGUUUGACGAGGCUGACAACCAAAUUCCAUCUGCAGCAAAAUCAGGUCCAUGGAGAAAGAUGCUUUCAUCCAAGGAUAUAAACUUUGUGGGUUACACGUACAAAAACUUUGAAAUUGUAAAUGAUAAUCAGUUACCUGGCAUUGCUGAGUUGAAGAAGAGCUCAAAACCCAAGAGACCCUCCAUCAAGUCCCUUUUUGAGGAUGAGUCAGCUGCAGCUGCCAGUCAACCUGUUCAAGGGAGCUUCUCAAACCUCUUGCCUCGGCAACUACAAGGCCCUGAGAAUUGUUCGAGAAAAUGACCACCUUCAAUGUCCUCGCUGCUGAGGGAUGAGAGUUGGCCUCAGGUAUCCAAAUAUUAAAUGCUUACUGUUCUCUGGUGAAUAGCUUUUGUUUCGCCCACAUCGUACAUUUCAAAUUUUCAGUGAAAAGUUUAUAGGGGCAAAAGCCCCAAAACAAGUGGUUUGAGAUAAUCUUGAGUCAGCCUAGGAGAGUGUUCUUUUGUAAAAUAAGAUCUGAAAGUAAAUAUUCUUUCAAAUUUGUUGUGUAUUUUCCCCCCACAUUGUCAAGCAGAAAGAAGUUCGUGUACAAUUCCCCCAUUGUUGUUUUUCAUGUAAUUAUCAACUUGUUCUCUGGUUUACAAGGUGUACCAUUUUUCUUUUUUGUAUUUUGAAGCUAUGAAAGUGUGAAUCCUGAUGACUACAAUUAAAAGCUCAUUACUCGAUCAACAGAUUAUACAG